AUGGAGUUAAUCGGACUGUUCUUGUUUUCCGUAUCCGUGGCUUUCCUGGGAGUGUUUCAUACAGUCCCAUUGACAAACAUCCGUCCUGACGCCGAUUUUGCUCUACGCCUGCAGAGUGGAUUUCGAAUGGGAUAUGUGCUUGACAGGAUUGGGGAAGUUGUUGACGCAGUAGUUCCUCGUCACAGACUGAUGGAACCCGUCGCCACCCCAACCCCUGAGCACAUUUACACAAGCAUUAGCACGCAUGCUGCCUACCCAACGUGCUCGGUCCGGCCGCUGACACUCGCGAGCAGUCAGCCAGCUUCUACUCUAACGACCUCAGUAAUAGCGUCAUUUAGCCCCUCGGACCCGAACGAGAAGCUUUCCGCUACAGCGGUUUCACAUCCACUGCCUUUAGCUCGAGCUAUCAAUUCGGCAGCCGAAACGAUCGAAGCCACCGUCCUCGACUGGGUGCGUGAUGUCUGGUCUUUCGUCACCCGUGCUGUGAAAUGGAUCACUUUGUCGUCUCUAGACGUUCAGUGGCAUUUUAAGGUCACUGUUUUUGUCUUUCUGGGUUGUACCCUGGUGGCCAUUGCCGGUACAACAGUCAUCGUCCUUCUGACCGUCUACUCUGUCUGCCGACAAGUUGGCAGAGAGUUUAUCCGCAAGGUAGUGGCGGAUAGCAAUGAAGUUGCUUCGAUGAUGGAGGAAAUUGGCCAACAGAAGGGCACGUUGCUGGAAAAGAUGGAUUCCUUCCACAAAAUCGUGUCCGAGUCGAUAAAUCACAUCGAGCGCAGAGUUUCCGAGAAAGAGAGAAACAUCGAUGUGAUGCUCGACUACACGAAACGUCGGGCAGAUCAGGUCACCGACAGCAUCCUGGAUGCUGUAGCCAAGCUGGAGAGGCGGUACCUCCCCUUUCCAACCAAGGAAGAUCUGCUCGGUGACCGGCUCACGAUGUUCCACGACACCCUAAACGCCGCCCAGAAGGACCUCCUCGCCCAGGUCGAAGGAGUGAAAUUGGACGUUCUAGCUAAGGCUUACGAACUGAAAUCGGGCCUUUCAACCCAGGCCGACGAGGUAAAAGCGUUGGUUCCUGAAUUUAAGAAGGAACUCCUAAAGACAACGCUGGAGCUGCGCGGCAGCCACCUCGGCGACUGGGUUGAACUUUUUGAAGCCGAGAAAGCACGGCUUAAAAAGAUGGUCGCAAAAAUUCAGACGGUGGCCAAGGGCUUCCCGACACAGGCAACGGCUGACGAACUCAUCCACACGCUAAAGGGUGAGUACCACGAAUUCGAGAGGAAGGUCGCCGCUGCUCGUGAAGACGUCCACAAGGCUGGGCAGGAGACUGAGAACAUCGUGUUCCAGCUCCCUAGGCUUGAGCAGAAUGUCCAACAGAUGGAGGACGAUCUCCAACGUCUGGAUGAAGAACUCGCGCUCGCCCGGGUCGCCAUCAAGUCAGCUCGGUCCUCACUGAACGAAGUGGGGACCCUCGAGGAAAUAUGCUCUGAAGGCGGAUCCGACCUCGAAUCCCCAGGUGAACUCUCAGAGCUGGACGAGGAAAUUCUUCGAGAAGCCUGCGAUAGCGACACCGGCGUCGAUGGCAACAAUAACCUCGCGGAUUCCGAGGGAAGGGGCCGCCAAAGGACCAGGGAGGAGAUAACCUGGCCUUCCCGCUACUACCCAGGAAGUCCGUCAGUCCCGCGAGGUAGACGAACUCGACGCUGGUGGGCUUGCACCUCGUACACGCCCGAGUUCGGUCCAACUCCCCCCCGGAGCUGCGUGGCACUGGAGUAA